AUGGAAGAAGAAAUGGAAGCACCCAUGACUGUUGAAGCUAACACAGAAGAAAUGGAAACACCUAUGACUGUUGAACCGUCUGCUGAACCUAAAAAAGAAGAAAAAGGUUAUCUAGCACGAGAUGAAUAUACAUCCGAGCGGUUUAAACUUGAAAUAAAUAAUCUACCGAAAUAUUUUGGAUUUGGUGAUUUAAAGAAAAAAUUGAAACAAUUGGGUGUUAAUUUUGUAAAAAUAAAAGUACCAAAAACACCUAACCAUGCUUAUGUUAAUUUUCGAAAUGAAGAAGAUAAAGAAAAAGGUUUGAAAUUACUCACUGGAUGGUCCUUUCGAGGAAAUCGAAUUGAAGUAUCGCACGCUAAACCAGCUAAAGAUAUACUGUUUCGAAACGGCAAACCAAAAACAAAUGAUAAUAAACGUGAACAUCCUGCAGAGAAUCCAGCCGAUGCUGAUUUAUCCGAUGAAGUCAAAAUUCAAAACUCAGCGACACCAUUAUGGAAUCUUUCUUAUGAAGAACAAUUAACAAAAAAAUCAACAAUAGUUCAAGAAUUCCUUAGAGGACUUGAACAAAAAAUUAAAGAAACCAGUUCAAAAACUGUAACCAUUCCAUUUGAAGGAAUAAAACCUUCACCUGUUAUUGAUGGAUAUCGAAAUAAAUGUGAAUUUUCAUGUGGUAAAGGAAACAAUAGCGACGAUAAAAUGGUUGGUUUCCGUUAUGGAGAAUAUCGUUUUGGUAUUGAUCGAGUCGGAAGUCCGAGUGUUUGUAAAAAUGUAUCUGAUGAAAUGAAACUUGUUGUACAACAUUUUCAAGAUUAUAUUCGAUCUCGUACAUCUUCAUGGUAUUCAGGUGAAACUCAUAUUGGUUGUUGGCGACAAUUAACCGUACGAACAAGUCGAUUAAAUCAUAUAUUGAUUAUGAUUUCAUUUUGCCAAGGCCAACUAUCGCCUGAAGAAAUUGAAGAAGAAAAGAAAACUUUCUUAAAUUAUUUUACACAAGGUGCUGGAAGUAUUUGUAAAGUUACAAGUAUUAUUUUCAAUGUGGAAAAAAAUAAAGCUGGAAAUGAACUUAUUCAAAGUGAACUUCUACUCGGUGACUCGUAUAUUGUUGAAAAAUUAUUUGAUUUUCAAUUUCAUGUAUCGGCUAAAGCAUUUUUUCAAGCUAAUACACAAGGUGCUGAAGUUUUAUAUUCAUUGAUCAAGGAUUCCAUGAAAUUAGACAAUGAAACUGUUCUACUUGAUAUAUGUUGUGGAACAGGAACAAUUGGUAUUACAUUAUCAAAUAGUGUAAAAGAAGUAGUUGGAAUUGAAAUGAUUAAAGAUGCUGUUGAAGAUGCAAAACGUAAUGCGAAAUUAAACAACAUUAAUAAUAUUGAAUUUAUUGCUGAAAAAAUCGAAAAUGUGAUUAAUAAAUUAGUAAAGAAAUACAAUCAACAUCGACUUGUUGCUAUUCUCGAUCCACCACGUGCUGGUGUUCAUCGAAGAGUAAUUCAAACAUUACGAUCUGCUGAAAAUAUCAAAGCCUUGGGUUAUAUCGCAUGUAAUCCGCAAUUAGCAACGCAUAAUCUUGUUGAUCUAACUCGUCCGCGAUCACGAAAUUAUCAAGGUGAACCGUUUGAAGCCGUAACAACAACAGCUGUUGAUUUAUUUCCGCAUACGCCUCAUUAUGAACUUUUCAUCUUAUUUCAACGAUGA